AUGAAGGAUAUAAACUGUGUCUCACAACAUAUUGACCAUUGCCCACAAAAUAUCAAAAUCGAAAUCCGACAGUACUUUGAAAAGGCAUUGGGGAAUAAUAUCACAGACUUCGAUACAACACGCACGUUCGUAGCUGACCAAUGUCAACACGUACAAAGCGAUGUGACACAGGACACUUGUGUUAAUGAUGCCAUACAAACACAUAGUUUUACUAGAUGCUAUCAGAACGUAAGCAACAUUUAUGCGACAUCAAAAACAUGCGACGUAUACACUGCAAAUCAAAAUUGCUUCGAAGAGAUUGUUAAACCAGCUUGUGGAGAGGAAAAGGCUAUGUUCUAUGUAAGAAACGCAGCGUUGAUCUUCAAAUGAAUUCCAUCAGAUUGUGGUGUGUCUUCGGCAAUUAGAAUCCAAAGUACACACCUGGCAUGGCUACUGUUUCAGCUGGCAAAUAUUGCUAUCUUAAGGUCAUUUUAAAACCGCAAAUGUACAUAUCAAGACUGUUUAUCAGUGUAUGUUACUUUUUGUAAAGUAGGUUAAAGUGAUAUGCAGACAUCUAUCAAAACUCUUUAUUAGAUAAUGUUACUUUUAUAAAAACAAUUUAAAGUGAUAUACAGACAUACAUUUUGACUGUUUACUAGACUGUGUUAUUUUUGUAAAAACAAGCUAAACCGAUACUCAGGCAUACAUUUUGACUGCUACUUUUGCAAAACAAUUUUAAGUGAUAUGCAGGGCGAGUAGUGGACACAACUUUAGAAAUCAUUUGUAACUGUAAUAGAAAUAGUUCCUUUACCAUUUUAUUUAAAUAAGAAUGUAAGAUAAACAUAAAAAUUCUUUUUUCUGACGAUCUACAUGUGCGAUUAUCUAUAUUUCGCUUUUCUAACUUUC